AUUGUGACUGUGAACGGUUGACCAGAAGUCACAGUAUCAAGCUCACAUUGAUCAGCAAAGGCAAAGAGGUUCUGUCAUAGUAUAUGCGAAUCCAAAUGCGAUAAUUUUGCCUCCCGCGACACAAUUUUCUGGCGGACUGUGGAUGCCAAGGCUACUAGCGCGAUCCCCCCCGAAUCUACGAAAUCUUUCAAAAUUCAGCAGGCGGGGACGAACUUUUUUCUCUCACUUCCAACUCUCCACAACAAAUACUUCAACUCAACCACCACCACUUCGAGGCCUCACGUCUCGUAUAGAACUGAUUCUAUUUGUACAGAGGGUCUUUCUUCGCAUUUUUAGUACUCUUCAACCUUUGUCGCAGAGCCUCCUUUCAAGGACUUCUCUGCACAGCCCGGCCACAAGCACAAACGUUCAUUUGAUCGCAGCGCAACGCCUGUGAUCACCAUCUCCUCUCGUCGCAAUCAUGGCUGAAAAAGGCCUCGAAGAUAUCCCAGAGGGUCAGAUCGAGUCCAACUACGAUGAAGUUACCGACUCCUUCGACAGCAUGAACCUGAAGGCUGAGCUCCUUCGUGGAGUUUAUGCCUACGGUUUCGAGCGUCCCUCUGCGAUUCAGCAGCGCGCUAUCAUGCCCGUCAUCAAGGGCUCCGACGUUAUCGCGCAGGCUCAGUCAGGUACUGGAAAGACUGCCACCUUCUCCAUCUCUGUCCUCCAGAAGAUUGACCCCAAUGUCAAGGCUUGCCAGGCCUUGAUCCUUGCCCCCACUCGCGAACUUGCCCAGCAGAUUCAGAAGGUCGUUAUCGCCAUCGGUGAUUUCAUGAACAUUGAAUGCCAUGCCUGUAUCGGCGGUACCAGCGUCCGUGAUGACAUGAAGGCUCUUGGAGAUGGCCCUCACGUCGUCGUUGGAACUCCUGGCCGUGUUCAGGACAUGAUUCAGCGCCGCGUCCUGAAGACUGAUUCCAUGAAAAUGUUCGUCCUCGACGAGGCUGACGAGAUGUUGUCCCGCGGUUUCACUGAGCAGAUCUACGACAUCUUCCAGCUGCUCCCCCAGUCUACCCAGGUUGUCCUUCUGUCCGCCACCAUGCCCCAGGACGUCCUUGAGGUCACCACCAAGUUCAUGCGCGAUCCCGUUCGUAUCCUCGUCAAGAAGGACGAGCUUACUCUCGAAGGUAUCAAGCAGUUCUACAUCGCUGUUGAGAAGGAGGAUUGGAAGCUAGACACCCUUUCCGAUCUUUACGAGACCGUCACCAUCACACAGGCCGUCAUCUUCUAACUAUGACUUGCCUGCCAACCGCGAGAACUACAUCCAUCGCAUUGGUCGUGGUGGCCGUUUCGGUCGUAAGGGUGUUGCCAUCAACUUCGUCACUGCUGAUGACGUACGAAUGAUGCGCGAAAUUGAACAAUUCUACAGCACACAAAU